GCGGUCCUCGCUAGCUGGCCUGUGACAUUCAUUGCCUUUGCACUUGCAGGCCGGGUGCUUUUCGGCGCGAAGGCCGACGAGGUUUUCUCGGAGCUCAUGAUGCACUUCUCCCAAUCUCUGGCCUAUUUGCCCAUGCUUGCCCCCUACUUGACGGUGAUGUUGGACCGCAGUCAGAAAGAACAGGACACGAACAUGAAGCGCAUAGACGCCGAC